AUGGCUGAUAUAUUCGCUAUUUAUCCUGAGUUAAAACAAAUGCUAACAGUAGCUGUACCAAUGAAAGCAAGAAGUGCUUCAUUUCAUAGUAGUCUUCUAAUUCAUGGUGCUAAUGCCAAUAUGACACCAGGAAGAAGGCCUGCAAUGACUAUUCAAAUGAUGCCGGAUAAUAUGUUUUUUAAUGGUAAACAAAAUAUUUUAACAAAAGACCAAAUGGAUAAAUUAGAAAUAGGUGUCUCUGUUUUUAAUGAUGAUAAUUGUAGUCCUAUAUUAUAUAAAAAAAUUAAAUAA